ACCUGGCGUCUGACGUCAUUUUGGGCGCCAAAUUUGAAUAUAUAAAGCCUCCAGUCCUUCCAGGCUGUGCUGUUGCAGCCUUGGGUUGGUUUCUGAGGCAGACUACUUUAGUCACCAGCUUUCCUGUGUCUGAUAAUGUCCUCUGCCGGUGAUGGGGAUCGGACUGGGCGCAAGACGUCAUCCAAGCGCAAGCAUUUGGCGUGUAGGGAUUGUGACACCCCUCUAGCGGACUCCUAUGAAUUUAAUAGGUGUCCCUCUUGCCGUCCUCCUCCUCUGCCUCCUGAUACGGAGCCUACCAUACGGGACGUAGUAGUCUGGGUAAAGGACUUUGUGGAGUCCUCAAUGAACACCCUAAGGGAUUCCGUGUCAUCCAGAAGACCCAGUGUCCGAUCUCCUCUGAGACCCACUCCUAUGCAGGAGGAAGCCUACCAUACCGUGGACGAAGUCCAUUCCUCUGAGUCUAGCGGGGAGGAAGAAGAGGCUGGAAGAGCUCCUGCGACUGUCAAGGCCUACGCCAGGGUAAAGCGCAUUUUUCUUCUAUGGUGUGCAUCUCAUCAAGUACCAUCUCAGGAUCCUCCAGUAUCAGCUAUUCUUCAGUUCAUGCAGGAUGGACUAGAUAAGGGCCUCAGCCCUUCUACACUCAAGGUACAGAUCUCUGCUCUGUCAGCCGCCUUUGGCAGAUCUUUACAUCAAGACCCUCUGAUUAAGAGGUUCCUUAAAGGAGCCGUACGUCUUAAGCCUAGCAUUUCAAGACCUAUACCGCAGUGGGAUCUCUCAGUGGUGCUUAAAGGGUUGAGUGGUCCUCCCUUUGAACCCUUGGAAGAAGUGGACUUUAAGUUUUUAUCCUGGAAGGUAACCUUUUUGUUGGCCGUAACUUCGGCCAAACGCAUUUCAGAGCUUCAGGCUUUUUCGGCAUAUGAGCCAUACACUUUAUUUUUACCGGACAGAGUCCUUUUACGUUUUUUACCCACCUUUUUGCCUAAGGUGCCCUCUGUGCACAACAUUAAUCAAGUUGUGUCUUUGCCUGUGUUAUGUUCCUCUUCUUCCUCUGCAGAAGAAACUUCCCUCCAUACUCUGGAUGUGGCCAGAUGUUUGAGAAUCUACAUUGAGAGAUCCCGGGAGUUCAGAAGGUCAGAGAAUCUUCUUAUCCUGUUCUUUGGCAGGAAUAAAGGGAAGAAGGCCUCUAAGCCUACUCUAAGUAGAUGGAUCAGAGAGGCCAUCAGAGAAUCUUUCGCUUCCCAGAAUAGACCUCCUCCUGCCUUUGUCACUGCUCACUCCACCCGAGCAGUCUCUACUAGUUGGGCCGAAAGGUCUCUUAUUCCUCUGGAACAGAUCUGUUCCGCGGCCUCCUGGAGCUCACAUUCUACCUUUGUGAGCCAUUAUAGACUCAACCUCAGGGGAUCAGAAGACACUGCCUUUGGGCGGUCUGUUUUGAAUUCCAUUCAGCAUUGA